GUGCCGGUGACCUUUGACGACGUGUCCGUCUAUUUCAACAACAAGGAAUGGGAGAAGCUGGAGGAGUGGCAGAAGGAGCUGUACAAGAACGUGAUGAAGGGGAACUACGAGUCGCUCAUCUCCCUGGACUAUGCAAUUUCCAAACCUGGUGUUUUGUCUCAGAUCGAGCAAGGAGAGGAACCGCGGGUCAGGAACGAGCAGGACUUGGAAGAGAGCGAGAUCAUUACCGAUGCCACCGCAGCUGGUAUAAGGGUCGUGAUCAAAACGGAGGAGCUCCUUCCUGAAGACAGCCCCGAAAACGCCGAGCUGCACGGGAUGUCGGGGCAGUCGGAGGGGAGCUUCCAGAGUCCGGACGAGGAACCAGCCUGUGAGAGCCCCUACGGCUCCGUCUCCCCUCCGAGGGACCUGCCGGGAACCAGCCUGGGGGACUCGUCCGAAUACGGAGCUGAUUUCAACGAGAUCCAGAGAGUCAUCGUUCACCACGGGAGCUGCACAGCGGUGCAGAGGAACGGUGGAAGCCGCUCAGGAGAGUACGCGCUGGGCUCGGCUGGAGGAACGCGUGGGGUCCCGCACGUCGGCCAGUCGCUCGGGGACAGGAACGAGGGCGGCAGAAGGUCCGUGGAGUGCAAGCUGUCGGGAGGGAAAGGGAAAGCGUGGCUGCUCUUCCUAGAAAGGUACACAUGCUCGGCUCAAAGUCCAGCGCGGAGUGACGUGCGAGGGAUCCACCGCUCGCCUUUCCUCGGGGCGCGCUGGCUGCGCGUCCUGCUGCACGUGUCGGCGUGCGGCAAGAACUUCACCCAGAAGCAUCACCUCCUGGAGCACCAGCGGGCGCACACCGGCGAGCGGCCCUACCCCUGCACCGAGUGCACCAAGUGCUUCCGCUACAAGCAGUCCCUCAAGUACCACCUGAGGACGCACAUGGGAGA